CGCCCCGCCGCCGCCGCCAGCAGGCUGCCUGCUGUUUCCCGUGGAGAUCAUGAAACGAAGGCGGCUUCCUAGCAGCAGCGAGGAUUCUGAUGACAAUGGCAGUCUGUCCACCUGGUCCCAGCAUUCCAGAUCUCGACGUCGGAGGACUUCGUGUUCCAGACAUGAAGAUCGAAAACCUUCUGAGAUGUUCAGGACAGACCUGAUCACUGCCAUGAAGUUACAUGACUCUUUCCAGCUGAACCCUGAUGAAUACUACGUGCUGGCAGAUCCCUGGAGGCAGGAGUGGGAAAAGGGAGUUCAAGUGCCAGUUAGCCCAGGGACCAUCCCAGAACCAGUAGCCAGGGUGGUGUCUGAGACAAAAGCUGUCACCUUCACACGUCCCAGGAAGUACAUUGUUUCAUCAGGCUCAGAGCCUCCAGAGCUGGGCUACGUUGACAUUCGGACGUUAGCGGACAGCAUGUGCCGCUAUGACCUCAACGACGUGGAUGUAGCAUGGCUGCGGCUCGCCAACGAGGAGUUCAAAGAAAUGGGGAUGCCUGAGCUGGAUGAGUACAUGAUGGAAAGGGUGAUAGAGGGAUUUGAACAGCGAUGCUAUGAUAACAUGAAUCAUGCUAUCGAGACGGAAGAAGGACUUGGGAUUGAAUAUGACGAAGAUGUUGUCUGCGACGUCUGCCAGUCUCCAGAUGGAGAAGAUGGCAAUGAAAUGGUGUUUUGUGACAAAUGCAAUAUCUGUGUGCACCAGGCCUGCUAUGGGAUCCUGAAGGUGCCAGAGGGCAGCUGGCUCUGUAGGACCUGUGCCCUCGGUGUCCAGCCCAAGUGUUUGCUGUGUCCAAAGAAGGGUGGUGCCAUGAAGCCAACCCGGAGUGGCACCAAAUGGGUCCACGUUAGCUGUGCCCUGUGGAUCCCAGAGGUGAGCAUCGGAAGCCCAGAAAAAAUGGAGCCUAUAACAAAGGUUUCUCACAUUCCCAGCAGCAGAUGGGCACUGGUGUGCAGUCUUUGUAAUGAAAAGGUUGGAGCUUCUAUACAGUGUUCAGUGAAGAACUGCAGAACAGCCUUCCAUGUCACCUGUGCAUUUGACCGUGGCUUGGAGAUGAAGACCAUACUGGCAGAGAACGAUGAGGUGAAAUUUAAGUCCUACUGUCCCAAGCACAGCUCCACCAAGAAAACUGAUGAUGAGACUUUCAAUGAGAGUCCUGGACAGGAGAAUGGGAAUGGGAUUCAGGACAGCUCUCUUCCUACCCGCAUGGACACUUUCCACAACAUGGAUCAAAACCAGGAGGAGGCUCACAGGGUCAGUCUCCGCAAGCAGAAGCUCCAGCAGUUGGAGGAUGAGUUCUAUACCUUUGUGGAGUCUUUGGAAGUGGCUAAAGCUCUACGGCUGCCUGAGGAGCCAGUGGAAUUCCUUUACCAGUAUUGGAAGCUGAAGAGAAAAGCCAACUUCAAUAAGCCUUUGAUUACCCCAAAGAAGGAUGAAGAGGACAAUCUGGCUAAACGGGAGCAGGAUGUGCUGUUCAGAAGGCUGCAGCUCUUCACGCACCUCCGGCAGGAUCUAGAGCGGGUGCGUAACCUCACUUACAUGGUGACCCGAAGGGAAAAAAUCAAGAGAUCUGUCUGCAGAGUUCAAGAACAGAUAUUUAAUGUCUACGCAAAGCAGUUGGAACAAGAAAGAGUUUCAGGUGUGCCUUCCUCAUUCUCCUCAAUGGAAAACACGGUGUUGUUCAACAGUCCAUCUCUGGGCCCCAAUGCCCCCAAGAUAGAGGAUUUGAAAUGGCAUUCUGCAUUCUUCAGGAAACAGAUGGGCACAUCUCUAAGCCACACUUUGAAAAGACCACACAAAAGAGACAGAGCAAGAAGCAGUGCUGGGAAUGACAGCAAAUCUCUGCCGAGGCAGCCCAGCCAGAGGGAAGGUGCUGCAGCACCGGGUGGCUUUUUACACCUUGACAAGACCUUUGCAGACACACGGAUUGUAUCAGCACAGCAGAAAAACGGCCUAGUUAUACCAGACCACAGAAAACAAAGAGACAAUCAUCCACGGUGUGAGAUGAUCAAGGCAGAGCUCAAGGAAAAGACUUCAAAACACAACCACAAACCACUGAGACCCACAGAACUCUCUCAGAGGCAAUCAGAAAAUAAAAGGGCUGUGAACCACUCCAGUGGUAGGUCAGCACCUGGCACGAGGAGGGAUAUAGUGCCUAAAUGCAACGGGGGUCUUGUCAAAGUUAACUCUAAUCAGACAGUAGUUAAAGUGCCUACCACGCCCACCAGCCCAGUCAAAAAUUGGGGCGGAUUCCGAAUUCCAAAGAAGGGGGAAAGGCAGCAGCAGGGUGAGGGCCCAGAGGAAACCUGCCGCCAGAACUCCAGCUACCCCUAUCUGGCUGUGGGCAGAGUUUCACCGAAGGAUAGAGCCAAAAGCAAGCUGAAGCCUGACAGCGAGAAUGAUGGGUACGUCCCUGACGCUGAAAUGAGUGACUCAGAGACUGAAGUGGACGAGAAAAAGUGCAGGCAGCGGAGGCUCAGUCCAAGCAGCACUAUCAGCCGAAGGACAGACAUUAUUAGGAGAAGCAUCCUGGCAUCCUGACCAGACACAAGGACACGGUCUCAGCACUGUGGUCAGUACAGUCACUGCCUACAAGCCAACUCCAUAUUAGUUAUUGGUGUGAGAGAGGAGAGUUCUUAGACAAGGCUGCAGACUGACAAAUUGGUAACACGUUAUUCCUGAGCUGUAUAAACAUGUUUACAUGCACUUGAAGCUGGUGGUUUUUUUCCCCCUGCUCUGCCCCACCCCAGUUCUAUGAGAAGUUUGAAUCUCCUUUAUUUGCAACUUUCCCAAGUAAGCAGAAAAAUGACAUCACUACUAAAAAGUAAUUUGUGGCAAACACUAAAGUAACUCAAAAACCUAUUAAAAAGUUCAUCAUUUUAGCUAAAAAGCACUGAUAAAAUUUUCCUUCCUUACCAGGCCUUCUGGAAAAGCACAAGCUCUCAAUGUAACUAGUGUGUAUUGGAUCAAAUCGUACUGCACUGCUAAAGCCCAUCACCAGUGGUCACUCUUUUGAUGGAGGCAGGUUUUUCUCCUCCCUUUGAAGAAUGUUUUCUGUUGCAUUCACUUUGAGCAGAGAUGGCAGCUCAAACCCUCUCCGUAAGCUCCAGAGUUUACAUGUAGAUACACCUACAAGAUGACCAGAUCUAACUAGGACAUUAUACUGGAGAAGGAGGAAGGGAGAGAUCAGGGCGCAGCUGCCUCAGAAGACUCAGACUGAGCACAGAGGGGACUCUCAAAAGGUCUGAGAAGGGAUCAGGCUUGUGGGUUACAGUCCCUCGUGGAAUAAGCUGUUACCCUUCAGUCAGUCACCUGCUGCCAGGAGUAUGAGGACAAUUCCAGCGGAGAAAGUCUAAGGCACUAGUCACUAGCAUUUCCCAAAGCCCGCCAGGUAUGCACUACUGGGAUGUACUGGGAAAGCCAGGCUUACAAUGCUUAAAGGGUUGCUUUAAAAUGAAUAUAUAUUUUUAAGUAGUAUAAAAUGGAAAGGCAAUAAAUUGUGAUUAUCUCUUUACAGUCAAAUGAAGAAAAAAAAAUCUGGACUAGAUUUGAUGGAAGAGGGAACUUUUUUUACUAAUUGCAAACGGCAAUAACGAGUAAGUGAUGAGCAAUAAUAUGAGCAGGUCAUUAGGGCACGGCCUUGUAGCGAGCAGAGUGCACAUGUGGAAUGUAGGAGCCUGCACACUUUGGAAUUCUGCAUAGAGCCAAGUCAGGUAUGUACUGGUGACAACGCAGCAGUGUGUCACAGACAGGUGUAAAGAUCCCCUUUCCCCUACCCCUUUCCUACUCCUAGCCUGUCAUUAUGACUGCUGCUUUUUCAUGUCAGACCCUUGCCUCUUGAGCAGGGAGCAUUGAUAACACAGUAGAACUCUGCCAUAACUGUGUCUUCCAGAGGAUUCUAUCAAAAAAAAAAAAGAGAAAAAGGCUUUCUAAGACUUACCUUGCUAUGCAAGUUAUCACUUAAAUAUCUAAGUAUUUCAGCUGUGCAGCCCUGUCACUUGUUUUAAAGCUCAGAAGUUUUAACCUUCUGUGCUCAGAAGUUUUAAUCUUCUGUGAGAAAGGGGAAUUUUGUGUCUGGUGGUACACUUAUGCAGCACCAUUGCUGCUCCCAAGAAGCUAGAAUAACUGCAUGGCUUAGAGAGGUGAAAGUCACACAGGGCACUGGUGAAUCUCAACUUAAGUCACCCUUGGGAUGUGUUAAAAGUCCUUAUCUGAUCUCACACAGCAGCAGAGACAAAAGGUAAAUGCAGGUAAGUUUUACUCAACAUGCAGCAGCGUCUUCCAGACAGGCACUGCUGUUUCCUGUAAGAAAGAGGCUCAUGACCAUAUGGGGAAUUGUUUGUCAAGCCAUAGCUGGAAUGAUCUAAAUUAAGAUUCUAAGUAAAGACUGAACCUCAAGCCAGUCCGAAGGAGGUCCCUUGUUAAUUUGCACUAUUACGAAUGCUAGCGUUGUGCAGAAUUAAUGCCUUACCCGUGUUGCUCCCCAGUGUUUAGGUUAAUAAGCUUUCUCAAGUUUCAAGUUAAGCUGAACCAAAACAAAACAAACCUGUAAGAGGACUGCAGUGUGACCAGCUCUGUAGGUUAGCUUUGUCUCCCCUGCUUAGCGCUCAGCAGAAGAGGUGUUGUAGGUACAGCAGUGACAAUAGAAACCCACCCCUGUAUUUUGUUGGGAUAGAGGCUGAGCUUGCUGAGUUUCUGUUCGUAAGCAUUUCCUUGUGCAGACUGACCAAGAGACCGUUGGCUGCGAUCGGUGUGUUCUGUCAAACCGUAGGCUAGUUGAACUUCUGUAGAGUUGCCUGGAAUGCCAUUUGUUAGGUUAUAAACUCUCUCCAAUCUAAAUGAAGGGUUGUAGGUGUUGUGUAUAAAGCUUAAUUUCCGGAAUUUGAGACAAUUGUCAUGACGUUUGUAAGACCUUGUACAGAAGAUUUUUCACUAUGUGCCUAGCUUUGGUGUCCAUUCAGCUGAAGUGAAUUUAAAAAGGUGCAUGAAGAGAAGCAGAUAGAAAUAAAAAGUAUAUGUAGAGAUGACUAUUUUAUAUUACAUGGCCCAAUCCUGUAUUUAUUUUCUCCCUUUUCUGAAGUAUUUAUAAAGACCUAGUUGAAGACAGCUGUAUUUUUUGUUAAACUAUUCAGUAGAAUUGUGCCUUUUUGUCUGUCUGUGAAUAAAUGCUGUACAUUUUUGCAGUA